AUGGCGCUGGCGAUAAAGCUACCCCAGGACCGGAAACGUGUAAAAGUCUACGAAUUACGAGAUAAUGACUGGUUUGACCGUGGAACGGGCUUCUGUACGGGCGCGAUUGUCGAGGACAUGCCCCGGAUAUACGUCGAGUCGGAGGAUGAAAAGGGUCGCUGCCUGCUGAACACGACGAUCGGAAAAGAGGAAGGCUAUCAGAAGCAACAAGAUACCCUCAUUGUUUGGACCGAGACCAAUGGAACCGAUAUGGCGCUUAGCUUUCAGGAGGCCGACGGAUGCGCUGCAAUAUGGGAAUAUGUCAGUAGUGUCAGGGAUCACCUGAUCGCUUUGGCUGGGGAUGAUGCCCUUUCAGACGAGGCAAUCGAGGCCUACCAUCAACCUAUUAUGCUUCCGCCGCCCACCCUCGGAAAUCUUCCCGAGAUCGAAGCUGCAGUUCGCGCCGCUAGUCUGUCACAGGUCGGUCGCGAUGCGCUCGGAAAGUUCGUUCUCAGCGAUAACUACAUCGACAAAUUGAUACCAUUAGUGUCGGAUGCCGAGGAUAUGGAGAGUCUACCUGACCUCCACCGCUUGUGCAACAUCAUGAAGUCUCUCAUUCUACUGAAUGACAAUAUCAUCAUAGAACACGUAGUUACAGAUGGAAUCAUCAUCGGUGUGGUUGGUGCCUUAGAAUAUGACCCUGACUUUCCUACACACAAAGCCAACCAUCGGCAAUAUCUCCAAGACCAGUCCAGAUACAGAGAAGUGGUUCCUAUGAAAGAUCCCGUCAUUCAAAAAAAGAUCAGACAGACAUGGCGAUUGCAAUACCUCAAAGACGUUGUCCUUGCGCGCAUCCUCGAUGACCCCACGUUUUCGGUCUUGAACUCGCUGAUCUUCUUCAACCAAGUCGAUAUUAUCAACCAUAUUCAAACCAAUGCUCAAUUUCUAAAGGAACUGUUCGCGAUAUUUGAUCCACGCAAUAUAGACCAAAGACGCAAAGAUGACGCUGUUUGUUUCAUUCACCAAUGCGCCUCGAUUGCGAAGAAUCUACAAGCGCCUGCGCGUGCCACCUUGUUUUCCCAGUUUAUCGGCCACGGCCUGUUUCCGGUCAUCGCAUUUGCCGUCAAACAUCCUAAACCGCCAAUGCGCACGACGGGUAUCGAUAUUCUCGUCGCACUAUUAGAUCAUGACCCUAUAAUGAUGCGCGGAUAUAUGCUGAAGGCGAUCAACGAGAAGAAAACGCCGCUCACCGAUACCUUGAUCGACUUGUUGCAUACGGAACAGGAUCUUGGAGUCAAGAAUCAACUCGCCGACGCUAUCAAGGUUCUACUCGAUCCACAAAUAGCUAUACAUGAUCCUAUGAACAGAGCUGGUAAUGAUUUAUCCGGCAAGGCUCGCUCAGCACAUCUUCCUGAUGCUUUUGUACAAAUCCACUUUGAUGAAUCUGCCAAACGACUUUUUACUCCUUUAAAACAGCUGGAAGGUCGUGCUAAUGUUGCCGACUUGACUUUCCAGGAGGUUACUCUUUACGCCCACUUAGUAGACAUUUUGACUUUCUUCGUUCGACAACACCUGUUCAGGAGUCGUAAUUUCAUUCAUUCAGACAACCUUACUCCCCGUGUGGCGCAGCUUUUGACUGUACCGCAAAAACACUUGAAGCUUACGGCUUUGAAAUUCUUCCGUACUCUCGUCAGCCUCCAAGAUACUUUCUACCUCGCGCAACUAACACACAACAAUACCUUUGGACUCAUUCUUGAUAUCGUUCAUGAAACAAUGCCUCGUGACAAUUUGCUGAAUUCGGCAUGCCUCGAGUUGUUCGAAUUCAUCAAGCGCGAUAAUAUCAAGCCUAUCAUUACCCAUGUAGUCGAGAAAUAUCGCGAAAAACUAAAGGCCAUCACAUAUGUCGACAUAUUCGAAAAGCUGAUACAGCGCUACGAUGAAUUGCAAGGAUAUGGACUCGAAGCUGAUGCCACGCUGUUCAGCCAGGAGGAAAUCCCACCGUCACAGCGUGGCGUACUCAACGGUCAGCGCUGGCAAGGUGUGCGCGAAAUGGAUGCUGCCGAGGAGGAGUAUUUUAACACCUCGGACGACGAGGAAGAGUGGCCAUCUGACACCCGACAGGAAGGAUUGGCUAUCGUCGGUCAAACACCAUCACACAUUAGACUGGUGGAUUAUCCUGAUGAUGACGACGAAGACGUCAUGGAUGCGAAGUCGGAAACGACUGUUUCUGACAAGCAAGAAAUCGAGCUACCUGAACGUGUUCUCGUAGAAAACAACACAUCACCAACAACAUCCACCACAUCUCAGCAUCCGCCCGAAAGACUUUCCGAGAAACGUCGCCGCAAUGAAGAUGAUGAAGAUGAGCUGGGCCGGCUCGCUCAAAACGGACCUAAGCGUCGCAGUUCCAGCGCCAGUUCUACUGCAUCAACGUAUUUCCGCCGUCGGCAGAACUCGGUUGAUCGCAAUCUCAAGAGUUCUGUCAAGAACGAAGUAUCCACCCCGACAAAUGCAGCCCCGAAGAAAAUCGCUAUCAAUCUCAGCUCAGCGUUGAAAUCACACGUCACCGUUGAAGCCGAGGCAAUUCAACUCAGCGAGUUUGACGAACAAGCGUCUACCAGCGAAGAACACAAAGAGACGAAUGAAGGCGAAACUGCAACUCAAAGUUCCUGA